AUGUCAUCAUCGUCAUCCGAUGAAGUUGAAGAAAGAUUGGACGAAAUUAUCGACGAUAUCAUAGAUGAAACCUACAUCAACAUUUUGGAAGCCCAACCCUCUAAGCCGAAGAAACGCGCUUAUAUAGAACGAGACCGCGAAAUCGGACACAACCGAUUAUGGAAUGAUUACUUCAGUGAAGAUGCGACAUUUCCGCCGUAUUUAUUCAGACGCCGUUUUCGUAUGAAUAAAGAAUUAUUCUUGCGUAUUGUCCAUCGCCUCUCAGAACACGUUCCAUUCUUUCAACAAAGAAGAGAUGCCACGGGGAGGUUUGGUCUUUCACCACUACAAAAAUGUACAGCCGCCAUUCGUCUCCUUGCUUAUGGUUCUGCAGCUGACGCGGUUGAUGAAUAUCUCAGAGUUGGUGAAAGCACGGCAAUUUCGUGUUUAAAGCAUUUUAAUGAAGGAAUAAUUCAGUUAUUUGGUAAUGAGUAUCUACGAAGACCGACAGACGAGGAUCUUCAGCGACUACUCCAUAUUGGAGAGAUACGCGGGUUUCCGGGGAUGGUAGGAAGCAUCGACUGUAUGCAUUGGAGGUGGAAAAAUUGCCCAACGGCUUGGAAAGGACAGUACACCCGGGGAUCAACAAUUAUUGUCAUUUUAUAUGUUUAA